AGUGAGGAAUGUGGGCUGGGUUUAACAGGAGGGUCUUUAUUUAAAGUGUAGUCGGGGCUGUGGCUGACCGUUCCUCCUGCACCAGCUGUUUUAUCCAUGUGCUUUUGGUUGCUUCUUUUCGAUCACAGCACUGGUUCCAAAAUAUGGAAUAGGAAUGUGCCACGAGUCCAAAACCACAGAUUGGAAACCCUAGUUGUGUUGUCUUUUGUGCCAAGAUGUUGAAAUUACUGAAGCAUUCUUGUUUGUCAACUGGCUCUGUGCAACAAGGGGCUGAUCCUGAAGACAGUUUUAAAUCCUUUGGGCGUAGAUCAUUAGGACAGGACAGUGGCUAUGAUGAAACUGAAAGCACAACUCCAUCAGCUAAUAAUUCCAGUGGAACUGUAGGAGAGCUUGAAUCACUUAUGGCCAAUAUGUCUCCUGUGGUGUGCAAAGAAAGCCGACUCUAUACUGGUAAGCCAUCAUUCUUUUCAGUUGAAAAAAAAUGGCCUGAUGGGAAAAGAACCAACUCUACUUCACCAACUCUGUAUGAAACACCUAGGACCACUGGCAAGAGGAUCACAUUACGUCGGCGACUUCUUGAGUCUCGUCUAGCCUCAAGUGGAAGUGUGGAAUUGUGCAAAACUGUUAGCCAAUGUACUGAAGCUGGUGCAGUAGAAUGGCCUUGUACCAGAAAAGGUUAUAAAGACUCUUUUUGUUUGAACAGUUCACUGGACUCUCCUGAGCUCUUGAACUCUGAAGCUUUGGCAACCAGCACUUUAAAGAAUGUGGAAAGUGACACUUCAUAUAGAACUAAAAGAUAUUUGUUUGCACAGCAGCGAACCUCCACAAUAGAUGACUCAAAGGGUAAAAAUGAGUUAACAUUUGCUGAAUGUGUAACUCUUGAUCAAUCCACUAUAUAUAAUCUUGAAUUGAGCAGUUUCUCUUUCUCUGGAGACAAUGAUGAAUGCACUGCAGCUGAGCCCUUUGAGACACCAUCUAACUAUGGGAAAUCUGAAAUACAUGGAGAUGACCAGUUCCUUACUCCAGUGAGCAACUUUGUAGUGAGCUUCCAUAUAAACUUGUCUGACAGUAGGACAUUAUCCAAGACCCCUUCACAUGGCAAAUUGGAUACCUCAACAACUGAGGACAGUGGCUAUAAUUCUGUUGGUUUGGAAAAAUCUGAUUUCCUUUCAAACCAUGAAUGUUCCUUCCAGGAGUUGGUACAAAACCAAAAGAGAACACCCAAGAUGUUAGAUUGUAAAAAGUCUCAAAGAAGUUUGGAAAGAACCAAGCGGUUAUCCACUCUCAGUGAGCGAGGUUCCCAGUCUGAGGCAGAAGAUGAAAACAGAGGAGCUCAUCUACUGAGAUCAGAUUAUAACCUAGAAUCUCCCACUAAACAGAAUGAGUUGGUGUUUGAGGAAGAAACCCAUGAGGAAUCUCUGAAGUGCAAGGAUUUAUCUCGAACUCCUGCUUUACAGUUAGUGCAGGAAAUGUGCAUGAGAAAAAGAAAAAAGCUUGGGAAUACCAUUGUGCAAGAUCCCAGUCAGUCAGAGGAAAAGCCAUUGGGUGAAUCUAUGCCAUCAUUAUGUAGACUCAUUGGCAGGAAAAUGGGCUUAGAUAAAGUGGAUAUUCUGAAAGAACUGUUGAACAGGAAUCUGACACACGUUCUUACUAUAAUUUUGUGCCACUUAUGUGUAGGAGACCUCUGCAGAACAAGGAAGGUGAGCAAAAUCUGGAAGAAAAUUGUCAAGCAAGAUCAGACAGCAUAUUUUAGGCGGAAGCAAUACCUGGAUGAAAUUAGAAUCCUCAGUGUGCAUAGCCUUCCAAGGGCCGCAGAUGCUGAAACCAGACGUAAUCUCCCAAGUCGUUCUGCUUUGAAAUCUGUUCAGGCGCAAGCAACGGUUGUUUUCACUCCAACUCCAUCCUCUCAGCAAGAAGUCACCCCUGAUGGAUGCAGCAACGUUUCUAGGUCAACCAGCAAACGAGAGGAGUUUUUAAAGGUUGCCAAAACACUGUUUAACGAUGAGGCUCUAAAACCAUGCCCACGAUGCCAGUCGCCUGCCAGGUACAAUCCAAUGAAGAAACGAGGUCUCUGCAGUCGGGAAGAGUGCGCGUUUGACUUCUGCACACAGUGCUUUUGUGGUUUCCAUGGAUCUAAAGAAUGUGGCAGCAGGUUUGCAAAACGUUUGGGCAAUAAAGAAGGACCACCAGGAAGUGCUCAAAGCAAGCGGAAUUUGAAGAGAUUGUAAACUUGUGUAUAUAUGAAAACAUAUGAACCUUCCCUCCACUCCCCACAACCUCUUGGAGUUUUUGAGCUGCUUGUGCACCUGUACUGGAACUUUUCAAAGAAUUACUUGAUAUAUCAAUUUGUGCGCACUCUUUUCUAGCUAAUGAGUGAGGGAGGGGGGAGAUUUGGAAUGCAAGAUUACAAAAUCUCCCCCUUCUCUUGAUUCUAAACUGCAUAUCUGAUUUUAGUUUUUUUUUUCCCCUCAGUCUUCAGAAUAACCCUCUACCAUUUGAUAACACUCAAAAGAUGUGAUAAAAAACAACCUGCUUCAAAAUCACUGAUUUUUGUAAGAUUUCUUAAGGCCAACUGUUAAAUAAGGCAAUCCAAGAUCAAAGAAUAUAGGAUCAGAAAAGAUAAUUAUCAACUCACUGGACGAGUUUUACCAGCUUUUUGCUGUUUUAGAUUAAAUGAAUGGGGUAG